AUGGCGUACGGAGGCUAUCCCGGUUAUGGCGCCUUGGAGCUAGAGCGCGUGCAGCACGUGGAUUCACUGCUGCGGCGCUACCCUGCCAAGCCCAUCAAUCCGGACCGCAGCGUGUUUGAUCUGCCCCUGGAGCUGCGGGACGGCAAAGCCACGGCGCUGCGCAUCAGUCUGCCACCGCACUUCCCCCAGGAGCGGCCGAGCUUGAGCAUGCUGCUGCCCGUGGUGCACCCGGCAGUGGACUCCACCGGUCGCCUGCACACACCCGGUCUCGCUAACUGGGUGUACGGACAGAGCUCCCUUGCAGACGCAGUUGCGGAGGCAGUGGCCACACUCACAUCAGCGGUAGUGGACGCGCGGCAGCCAGGGGCGCAGGCGACUGGUGGCGGCAGAAUCGGCCCAAUCCCCUACCCGCCGGGCUACCCUUCACCGCCCUCUGGCUUGCUGGCUGGCGCGGCAGGCGCGGGCCCCGGCAGCCCGCAAGCCCGCGUGUCCUCAUCAUCGGCAGCCUCUGCUGCUGCGGCUGCGGGUGGCCAGCUGCCAGACCUGUCGCGUCUGGCCCCUGCUCAGCUGGCGUCGCUGCUGUCUGAUGACUCAGAGUUCAAGGCCCUGCUGCGGGGGGUGGUCGCCAACUCACAGAUGGCUGCCACCCUGGAGGACAUACGCGUGAAGAACCGGCAGCUGGCUGCAGCCAACUUGUCGCAGCAGGGCGCAAUGGCAGAGGCGCGCAACCAGCUGGCCAUUGUUCGCAGCAGCGAGUACCAGGUCAUCCGCGCGCGUUUUGACGAGCUGCUGGCGCGGCAGUCGUCAGUUUCCAAGGUGCUGGGCGGCCCCUUGUUUCGCGAGCGCCUGGAGGACGCCGUGAGCGAGGCCGAUGCCGCCAGCAGCGCGGUGAGCACAGCAUUUCUGCUGGGUCAGGUGCCACUGGAUCAAUUUGUGGAGCAGUAUGUCGAGCUGCGCGCGCGCCACCACGCGCUGGACCUGAAGCGCCAGGCCGCGGAGCAGGUGCUGCGCUCGCAGUGA